AGCCAAGACAAGCCUUUCUUAGAGUUUACAAAAGUUCCGAAACUUGUUGGUGCGGGAACUUUCCGUCGAUAGCUCUUUCCUUGUUGCUGCGAUACGCGCGGCUGGACAUUUUGUUUGUAACCUCACAGUUCAUUGCUGUCCCCGACUGCGGGCGCAAAGCUGUGCUACAAUGCACGCUUUGCAAGCUUUGAGGUUAUCGCGCCACUUUCGAGCACGGCUGCCUCAAACUCGGCUUCCUUGGGCGGAUUCACAAGGAGGAGUCCGAUGUUGUGCGACGCUCUUCACCGAACAACACGAUGAGCUUCGACGGAGCGUUCGAAAGGUCAUUGACAAGGAUAUCAACCCGUACGUGGACCAGUGGGAGGCUGAAGGCGUGUUUGAUGCCCACAAGGUGUUCAAGAAGUUAGCCGAGGUGGGAGUACUGGGAAUAACACGCCCCGUAGAGUACGGAGGUCUCAGUCUGGACUACAGCUUCACGGUGGCCUUUGCGGAAGAGUUGUCAGCAAUAAACUGCGGAGGCAUCGUUUCAGGGAUUCUGGUUCACACGGACAUGUGCACUCCUGCGCUUACCAAUUUUGGCAGUGACGAGCUGAAGGCACAGUUCUUGGCCCCAUCGAUUGCCGGGGACAUUGUUGGAUGCGUGGGUGUCAGCGAACCAGAUUGUGGCUCAGACGUUGCGAGCAUCAAGACGACCGCUCUCAGAAAGGGCGAUGACUUGGUGAUCAAUGGUGGGAAAAUGUGGAUCACCAACGGCUGCCAGGCUGAUUGGAUGGCCCUGCUGGCCAACACUCGCACCGAGGGACCCCCGCACAAGACCAAGUCUCUCAUCUGCCUGCCUCUUAAGACACCUGGUGUGACAGUGGCUCGCAGCAUCAAAAAGCUUGGCAACUGCUCCUCGGACACAGCACAGAUCUUCUUCGAGGACGUCCGGGUGCCAGCCAAGAACAUUGUGGGUGAAGAAGGCAUGGGCUUCAUCUACCAGAUGCUCCAGUUCCAAGAGGAGCGCCUGGUGGCUGCCAUUAACAGUGUGAGCUUCAUGGAGCGCAUGAUCAACGACACCCUGGAGUACUGCCGGCAGCGCAAGGUGUAUGGCCAGCCCCUGAUCAAGAACCAGGUGAUCCAAUAUCGACUGGCCGAACUUCAGACCGAGGUAGAGGCACUUCGAGCACUUGGAUACAGAGCAGCAGCAAUGCUGAUGGCUGGUGAAAACGUGACUGAGCUGGCAUCUAUGGCGAAGCUAAAGGCAGGCCGGCUGUCACGUGAGGUGGCCGACAGCUGCUUACAAUACUGGGGCGGCAUGGGCUACACCGAGGAGAUGCCAAUCGCCAGAGCUUUCCGUGAUGCCAGACUCCUCUCCAUCGCUGGCGGUGCCGACGAAGUGAUGCUGGCCAUCAUCGCCAAGCUACGAUGGGGAUUAGAGCGAUAGUGGCAUCCGAAACCAGUGCGAGGGCUACUUUGGUGACUCUUGACUUCCAGCUGAUGCAGCAGGGUCCUAGUCCACUCCUGCUGUUUUUCAUUCGGCAACUUGCCUGUCAAGUGCCGAGCUGAGUGCAGGAAGGUGCGGUGAAUCAGUAGCUCCUGCUUCUCUCAGUCCUGGACACUGGCAUCUCACCCUCACCUGCGGCUCGCAACAGCUCACUGCGGCGCUCUAGUAUAGUUGGAUACAACUUUCGAAGUCCGCGACAUUUCCUCUUUAAAGGUGGAUGCACACAAGCUUCCACCAAUGAGCACUCGCUCUGGACUGACGUCAUGAGCCGGAUGACUUCUGCCCAUUCUUCAAAGAGUGUUGCCACAUGCACCAGCGGGACUAUUUGUUUAGUCGCGAAAACGACCGGCUGCAGCGCUUUGGUCCACGGGGCAGGAGCUUCUCCAGACUUCUUAGGUUGUAUCCACCUAUAGACUUGUCCGGACAGUGUCUGGCUCUCGCUAACAUGCCUGACAACGUAUGGUGCUCUGUCCAUCGUAUUGACUGCCUCCGAGCAGUGAAGCCAUUAGGCUAAAAACAAGCUGCAUGACAGCAAUUUUGUACAGGAAAAGGUUACGUAAAAUUUCUUAGUCUUGCAGGCCUUAGUGAUGUUGAAUGGUCCCUUGUCCUAUAAUUCUAAAAGCCGAGGCACAUUUACACAAAGUGACAGUGCCGUGUAAUUUCAUUCAAGGGUGCUGAGGGACGGUCUUUUCUAUCUCAGGGUAGUGAGCCACUUGUGUCAUUACUAGCUCACAAGGCAGAACAUUCUACAAGUAUGAAUUCCGUAUGAGAGACGGCUUUAUUUUAAUUACAGUCCUGCAUGGUGCAAAUGCAUCUGCACUCCUGAUUGUACAAAAUGGCAGUUGCCAAGUCACUGCUGCUGUAAAUGCAUGUACAUAACUAGAAAUAGAAAAUCAGAAGCUUGUGUUGCUUGGCCACGUUUGCAAGUUGCCAGUAAAAGGGCCCUCAAACGCCUUUUGAAUAUAUCAAGCAAAUGUUGCCGACCUGCAUGUAAAAUGGCUCCUUUGAACACGCGAGCCAAAAAGUAUUGCAGUCUACAAUGCAGCAAAUUGACAGUUUUGAUUAAAAAACAGCCCAAGUUUAAUUACUUUCUCUUUUGCUGUCUUCCCUACCAUGCAAUUUGACCAAAAUACUGGUUGACUUCUGGACAUGAAGGACAUUCUCAGUAGUACUAAAUUAGUGCUGAUUCCUAGUUUAAAUAAUUGAGAAGUACAAAUGCCUGCAAGUCUGUCGUAAAAGCCAAAAGAUAAUUCAUUAUUGCUUUUCUGAUUUUUAUCAUUAGUUACUUGCAUAAUAUUUUGUGUUCCCUCACACUUGUGGGAAGUAUCGCUAUGGAAAAAAAAUUAUUGCUUUGAAUGGCAUGAAUGGUUUUUCCCAAAGGUGUCAGUUCUGGAAAAAAAAAACAGUUUAUCUUGUUGAAGGAAAAUGUAAGCAGUAAUGUUUUAGUGACUGUAGAAGUUAUGUGGCAUCGCAUCGUUUAUUUGCCUGCAUCGGUUUGAGCUUACAUUACCCACACCAUGCUUUACAAUUUUCUUUUUACCUUAUAAUUGCUGCAUGUUCCCAAAAGAUGAACACAGAUAAAGCCUCAUGCAUUUUCACUUUGCUGAACUCCUGCUGUUGAAUAAAACCUGCCAUGGUAACCUAGCAGGUGAAGUAUGCUUGAGCUUGAAGAUGCAGUUUCGAUUCCUGGUCACAACGGCUGCAUUUCUACGAAGAUGAAAUGAAAGGACAACUGUGUAACUAAAUUUACAUGUAGUAAGCUUAUUCAUGCAGAUCUGUCAUUGCAGAACAUAAAUAAAAUUCAUUCUGCACGGCCCUUGCCAUUCAGCACAUUGUUCGAUAGAAUCUACCAAGACAGUGCCAUUUUAUGGGCAUGAAUAUGUAUGAUGAUGCAAGAAAUGCACCAAGGCAAGCUAGAUGAGGUGCAGUUUGGGAUGCAGCACAUCACAACAAUCAACAUAUAGGAUGUUGAGGUGAAUAAAAUUUCUGUACAAUGAGCAAGGUACAACUUUUUAUACAAGAUUUCCAAGGUUGUAUUACAACCAUUUGACAUGGGAAACAAAUCACUAUAUUCGUGUUGAAGUAAAUUCUCAAAGGUGUCUUAUUUGGCUUCAAGAUUGCCGUGAGCAUUAAAUUGUCCACUAUUCGUUUAUUUGGGUGACUUAAAGUAAUUAUGAGAACUCGACCUUACAAGCUUUUAUUUGAGUGUUAAUGCAGCCUCCUGUUACCACCCUUCUGCACUGAGCUUGUCACAUGGUUAAAAGUUUCCUUCCUGGUGCAGAGUUAAAUCAUGUUUAAAGGGACACUAAAGGCAACUAUUAAG